CUUUAAGAUGGCGGCGGCUGUGGGGCGAAAGUGAGCGGCGUUGACGUCCAGAAGCGUCGCAGGAGCGGCGUCUCCCCUGCUUUCCUUGAUGGCUGGGGAAACCAUUGAAAAGAGAGAGCGGGAUUCUUCACCCAUCAAAGAAGAGCGAAGACGCUCACGCUCGCCAGACCGGGAACGUGACCGAGAUCGUGAUAGGAAAGGCUCCCCUAUUGCCAAGGACAGGAAGCGUCACCGUUCCCGUGAGAGAAGGAGAGGAAGUAGGUCAAGAUCCCGGUCCAGGUCCAAGUCAACGGAGAGGGAACGAAGAUAUAAAGAGAGGGAGCGAGACAAAGAACGGGAGCGCAGCAAGAAAGACCGGGAGCGGGAGAAGGAUGGGCACCGAAAGGACAGGAAACGCUCCAGAAGCAUCUCUCCGAGUCGUAACAAAGACUCCAAAUCCAGGAAGGACAGAGAUUCUCGCAGGGAUGAAGAGGAUGAUACAGGGGGCAGGAAGGAAAAGGCACAGCCACUGUCCCUGGAGGAGCUGCUGGCUAAGAAAAAAGCCGAGGAAGAGGCUGAAGCCAAGCCCAAAUUCCUUUCCAAGGCAGAACGGGAAGCUGAGGCCUUGAAGCGCCGGCAGCAGGAGGUAGAGGAGCGACAGCGGCUGCUGGAGGAUGAGAGGAAAAAAAGAAAACAGUUCCAAGAGAUGGGCAGGAAGAUGCUGGAGGAUCCCCAGGAGAGGGAGCGGCGUGAGCGGAGGGAACGUAUGGAACGGGAGACCAAUGGCAAUGAGGAUGAGGAGGGGCGGCAGAAGAUCCGCGAGGAGAAAGACAAGAGCAAGGAACUGCAUGCCAUCAAGGAACGGUACUUGGGUGGGGUCAAAAAGCGGAGGCGCACCCGGCACCUGAAUGAUCGCAAGUUUGUCUUUGAGUGGGAUGCUUCAGAGGACACUUCCAUUGACUACAAUCCCUUGUACAAGGAGCGACACCAGGUUCAGCUGCUGGGGCGAGGCUUUAUUGCCGGCAUUGAUUUAAAGCAGCAGAAACGGGAACAGUCCCGCUUUUAUGGAGACUUGAUGGAGAAACGGCGCACACUAGAGGAGAAAGAGCAAGAAGAGACACGUCUGCGCAAGCUGCGUAAAAAGGAGGCCAAGCAGCGCUGGGAUGAUCGGCAUUGGUCUCAAAAGAAACUGGAUGAGAUGACGGACAGGGACUGGCGAAUUUUCCGGGAGGAUUACAGCAUCACAACCAAGGGAGGCAAGAUCCCCAACCCCAUCCGUUCCUGGAAGGACUCCUCGCUGCCCCCUCACAUCUUGGAGGUUAUUGACAAAUGUGGCUACAAGGAACCUACUCCUAUCCAGCGCCAAGCCAUCCCUAUUGGUCUGCAGAACCGUGAUAUCAUUGGUGUGGCUGAGACUGGCAGUGGCAAAACUGCUGCCUUCCUUAUCCCACUGCUGGUAUGGAUCACCACCUUGCCCAAGAUUGACAGGAUUGAAGAGUCAGAUCAGGGCCCCUAUGCCAUCAUCCUGGCCCCCACCCGUGAGUUGGCUCAGCAGAUUGAGGAAGAGACUAUCAAAUUUGGAAAGCCUCUGGGAAUCCGCACAGUCGCUGUUAUUGGUGGCAUCUCUCGUGAGGACCAAGGCUUCCGGCUGCGCAUGGGCUGUGAGAUUGUUAUUGCCACUCCUGGUCGUCUCAUUGACGUGCUGGAGAACCGUUACCUGGUGCUGAGCCGCUGCACCUAUGUGGUAUUGGAUGAGGCUGACCGCAUGAUUGACAUGGGCUUUGAGCCUGAUGUGCAGAAGAUCUUGGAACACAUGCCCGUCACCAACCAGAAACCUGACACUGACGAGGCUGAGGACCCUGAGAAGAUGCUGGCCAAUUUUGAGUCGGGCAAGCACAAAUACCGACAGACGGUGAUGUUCACAGCCACCAUGCCACCUGCCGUGGAGCGCCUGGCCCGCAGUUAUCUGCGCCGGCCUGCCGUGGUCUACAUUGGCUCAGCUGGGAAACCGCACGAGCGUGUGGAGCAGAAAGUCUUCCUCAUGUCGGAAUCGGAGAAGAGGAAGAAAUUGCUGGCUAUUUUGGAACAGGGCUUUGAUCCACCCAUCAUUAUCUUUGUCAACCAGAAGAAGGGCUGCGAUGUACUGGCCAAAUCUCUGGAGAAGAUGGGGUAUAAUGCCUGCACACUUCAUGGUGGAAAAGGUCAGGAACAGCGAGAGUUUGCCCUCUCCAACUUGAAGGCUGGUGCCAAGGACAUUCUGGUUGCCACAGAUGUGGCUGGACGUGGUAUUGACAUCCAGGAUGUGUCUAUGGUGGUGAACUACGACAUGGCUAAGAACAUAGAAGAUUAUAUCCAUCGCAUUGGUCGAACAGGAAGAGCUGGCAAGAGUGGUGUGGCUAUCUCAUUCGUCACCAAGGAGGACUCUGCAGUCUUCUACGACCUCAAGCAGGCCAUCCUCGAGAGCCCAGUAUCCUCUUGCCCACCAGAGCUGGCCAACCACCCAGAUGCCCAGCAUAAGCCAGGGACCAUCCUUACCAAGAAGCGUCGAGAGGAGACUAUCUUUGCCUGAGCUCUGUAGAAAUGCUGCAAGA